CGGCGAAAGAGGGCUGAAGCUGACCUGAGCUUUCCCACGGAGGAGAGACGGCGCCAGGGCGAGGUGGGGAACAAGGGAGUGUGGCGACGCUCACGGCCAGCGGUGGAUUAUCCCGGUCAGUCUGCGUCUGCGGCCUGCGAAAUGCGCGAGGAGGACAAGGGCAUGCUCGGUGGUGGUGGCGACGACGCGGGCCUGGCCAACGCCUCGGCGCAGGGGCAAGUGGAGACCGUGCGGCAGCUCCUGGAAACCGGUGCGGAUCCCAACGGAGUCAACCGCUUCGGGAGGCGGCCGAUCCAGGUCAUGAUGAUGGGCAGCACCCGCGUGGCCGAGCUGCUGCUGUGCCACGGCGCGGAGCCCAACUGCGCCGACCCUACCACCCUCACCCGACCUGUGCACGACGCGGCCCGGGAGGGUUUCCUGGACACGCUCGUGGUGCUGCACCGAGCCGGCGCGCGGCUGGACGUGCGCGAUGCCUGGGGCCGCCUGCCCGUGGACCUGGCUGAGGAGCGGGGCCACCGCGCUGUCGCCGGGUACCUGCGCGCAGCCGCGGGGGGCACCGAAGGUGGUAGCCACACCCUUACGGAAGUUGCGGAAGGUCCCGGCAGUGCAAAGACUGGCGGUUUAGGACAGAAAGGCCGGCUGGAGCAUGCACACAGCGAGAUCAGAGAAGAAGGUCAAAGAAAGGAUGCUAGGUCGAAACGUGGAUUUUGUUCGAGAAACUUUCGAAAGCCAUUAGCGGGUUUGGGAGAGAGAGCCUGGGGAGAAACAGGACAGGACUGGAACCGAAUGUUCCUAUACGCCCAGCCGCUCCGGCGCCUCAGGUGCCCUCAGCUUACGCGCAUCGCCCAGUCGCUCUGCGUCAGGUGCAAGAGACGCCUGCAGAUACGCGAAGAGCCUGGCGUUGUGUGUGGCAUGCCCUCAGCACGCAUUAUAUACCCGGGUUUUCCUGUCGCAAGCCCGCCGGCGGCAUGCCUGCGCCCUCCCUGCCCUCGCCUGGCGGGCCUGGAGCUCGGCGAGCCCGAGCAGCCAGCCGAGCAGUGCAGGCGGGAUCUGCGGGAUUGGGGAGUCGGGCUGCUGACGGGGUCCAGCCUUGACGGAGAGACCCUGUGCCGAGGGGUGGGGAUAUUGAUAAGAGGCCAGCGAAGCCGUCUGAGAACCUUGCUCAUAAGUGUCUGA